CAGCAACAAGUGCUCCGCUAUAUCUGAAUCUGAAUUUGAAUCCAAAUCCGAAACAUAAUCUGUUGCCGUGGCUGUAGCUGAAUCCGAAGCGCAACAAGUGCGCCAGAGACAUCCAGAAGCCAGUGUAUUGCAGACGAGGCUGAGAUAAAUUCAAAUUAGGUCGGCAAUUUCAGCAAAUAAACAGAGGAACCCUGUGGCCCAACAAAGCGCAAUAAAUUAAUUAAGGCGGAGAUAAAAUUGCAACUGCAUUAGCUGCCAAGAGUAUUAGCGGGCGAAAUUAAAAAGUGAAAGCCAACCCGAACAGGUGACAGAAUGCUGCUCAAAGGCGCGCAGCUGCUGCGAUGCGGAUUGGUCUCCCCACACAGAAACUUGAACUUCCGCUUGACCUGUCGCUUUCUCUCCGUUCAGUAUGGAGAUGCCAAGGUCCUCACUCCUGCCGUCAAACAGUACGUGGAAAAGUGCGUGGAGCUCUGCCAACCGGAAAGGGUGCACAUCUGUGAUGGAACUGAGGGCGAGAGCAAGUUGCUCCAGGGCAUCAUGCUGAAGAAGGGAACCAUCAUUCCUCUGCCGAAGUACGAGAAUUGCUGGCUGGCAAGAACAAAUCCGGCGGAUGUGGCUCGAGUGGAGGGCAAAACCUUCAUCUCAACGGAUUCGAAGGAGCAGGCAGUACCGGUUACGCAGAAAGCCACGCCGGGAAUGCUGGGUAACUGGAUGGCCGAAAAGGACCUGCAGGUGGCGAUCAAGGAAAGAUUCCCCGGCUGCAUGAAAGGUCGCACCAUGUAUGUCAUUCCUUUCAGCAUGGGUCCAGUGGGCUCACCCCUCUCUAAAAUCGGAAUCGAGAUCACAGAUUCACCAUACGUCGUGGAGUCGAUGAAGAUCAUGACUAGGGCGGGCAAUCCAGUGCUUAAUUAUCUGCAAUCUGGGGAUGGGCAGUUCGUCAAGUGCCUGCAUUCCGUGGGUACGCCCAAAAGUGGUGUCCAGGCAAUGCCAUCCUGGCCCUGCGAUCCCGAACGCACCAUUGUGCUGCACAAGCCAGCAGAAAAUGAGAUUGUAUCUUAUGGAUCUGGGUAUGGUGGAAACUCCCUGCUGGGCAAGAAGUGCCUCGCUCUCAGGAUUGGCAGCACCAUUGCCAAGCGAGAGGGCUGGCUGGCCGAGCACAUGCUGAUACUGGGCAUCACCAAUCCGCAGGGUAAGAAGAUCUACAUAGCUGCCGCCUUUCCAUCAGCUUGCGGCAAGACCAACCUGGCCAUGAUGACUCCUACCCUGCCUGGCUACAAAGUGGAGUGCGUGGGUGAUGACAUCGCCUGGAUGAAAUUCGAUAAGAAGGGAGUGCUGCGAGCGAUUAACCCGGAGAAUGGAUUCUUUGGCGUGGCCCCCGGAACGUCGAGGGCCACCAAUCCCAUAGCCAUGGAUACGAUCUUCCGAAACUCUGUCUUUACGAACGUGGCCUCUACAUCCGAUGGUGGUGUCUACUGGGAGGGAAUGGAAAAGGAUAAGCUAAAGGGGGUGACUGUCACGGACUGGUUGGGUAAACUGUGGUCACAGGAAUCCGGGAAGCCGGCUGCCCAUCCCAACUCCAGGUUCUGCACACCCGCCUCUCAGUGUCCCAUUAUUGAUCCCGCCUGGGAAGAUAGCGAAGGAGUGCCCAUCUCCGCAAUUCUUUUCGGAGGACGUCGUCCCAGUGGAGUUCCCUUGGUUUACGAAGCUCGAGACUGGAAGCACGGCGUAUUCAUUGGAGCUGCUAUGAGGAGCGAGGCCACGGCAGCCGCUGAAUUCAAGGGCAAGGUCAUCAUGCACGAUCCCUUCGCCAUGAGACCAUUUUUCGGCUACAACUUCGGCGACUAUCUGGGUCACUGGCUGAGCAUGGAGCAGCGUGGCCAGGUACCCAAGAUCUUCCACGUAAAUUGGUUCCGACAGAGCAGUGAGGGCAAGUUCCUAUGGCCUGGAUUCGGGGAGAACUCACGAGUCCUGGACUGGAUCUUCCGGCGCGUGGAGGGCGAGCAGUGCUUUGAGGACUCUCCCAUUGGCCGCCUGCCUAGCAAGAAUUCAUUGAACUUGGAUAGUCUGAAGGAAAACAUUGAUCUCGACCAGCUUUUCGAUCUGCCAAAAGAUUUCUGGGAGCAGGAGGUGGGUGCCAUAGAGCGGUACUUCGAGGAGCAGGUGGGUCACCAUCUUCCAGGUCCCGUGACUGAGGAGCUGAGGGAGCUGAAGGCGCGUGUUGCUGACAUGUGAUGUGUGUCUUCCAUAGGUUAUUUCCUAAUCUAAGACCCCUUAUUGCCUAAAAUAAAACGAAACGAACGAGAUUUUUAUAGCGAAA